AUGCCAGAUGGAUCUGGAAGUUUCGUGAUCUAUAGUAAUGCCUCUAAGAAAGGACUGGGUUGUAUUCUGAUGCAGCAAGGUAAGGUAGUUGCUUAUGUCUCUCAUCAGUUAAAGAGUCGUGAGCAGAACUACCCUACCUAUGAUCUAGAGUUGGCAGUUGUGGUUUUUGCAUUGAAAAUAUGGAGACACUACCUGUAUGGUAAUGUGAAUGUGGUAGCUGAUGCACUUAGUAGGAAGGUGUUACAUUCAGCAACGUUUAUCACCAAGCAAGCUCAUUUGCUUAGAGACUUUGAGAGAGCUGAGAUUGCAAUUUCAAUAGGAGAAGUUACUUCACAGUUGGCUCAGCUGUCAAAGUGUCGCCUGGCAGAAGCAGGGCAAGCUGAGGAGUUUUCCAUAUCCUCUGAUGGUGGACUUGUGUAUGAGAGGCGUUUAUGCAUCCCAACGGAUAGUUCCGUUAAGACAGAGCUUUUGACUGAGGCCCAUAGUUCCCCAUUCUCUAUGCAUCCUGGCAGUACGAAGAUGUACCAGGACUUGAAGUGA